UGAUUUGUAUAUUGGUAAAGUUAAUUAUAUAAUUUAAUUGUUUUGGAAAAAAAGGAUUGACACUAAAAAUGGCAGAUUAUUGGAAAUCCAAAGAAAGAAAAUAUUGUGAUUUUUGUAAAUGCUGGCUUGGAGAUGAUAAAAUGACUAUAUCCAUACAUGAAAAUGGGAAAAGACAUAAAGACAAUGUAGCUAAAAGAUUGUCAACUAUUCAGAAAAAAAGUGCUAAAGAACAUAAAAGCAAUCUGAAGUUUGAAGAUGAAAUGCGCAAAAUGGAAGCAGCUGCUAUGAAAGCAUAUAUGAAUGAUAUUGAAGGAAAUUCAGAUCUCACAUCUCAAAAUAUAAAUGAAACGCUUCUCAAAACAAAUAGUCAAUUAGUCCUUGGAGCCAGUUACACGGAAUCACAUCUAAUAGCGGGCCAAGUUCAAAUAAAAAUGAACCUAAGAAUAAAAAAUAAUAAAAAGAAUAAUAAGAAUAAAAAAAAGUCUGGUAACAAAGAUAGCAAUAAUAUAAAAGAAGUAAGCAGUUUGGAUAAUAAAUUAUGGUAUGAGGCCAAAACUGAAGAUGGAAACAUUUAUUACUGGCACAUACAAACAAAUGAGUCCACAUGGGAGCCACCACCACAAGGAUAUAUGUCAAUAGAAGAGCAAGAAAGAAUUACGAAUGAAUAUAAUGAGAAGAAACAAAUUGAAGAAGAUUUUAAAGAAAAGCAUAAAGAUGAAAUAGAAGCCGAACAGAAAGCAAGUGAACAACGGGAAAGGCUAAAAGCCUUCCGGGCAGAACCUAUUCCUGAACCGGAAGUUAAUUACGAACACUUCAAUAAUCCAGCAGAAAAGAUAGACCCAUAUGGAAAAUGGCAGACUGUUGAAAAUAGCUAUAGUUCCUCUAUGGAUUUACAACUCCCAAAACAAGAUUUUGUUACUAUACAUGUUCCUAGUUUAAAACCUGCUGACAAGCCAGAGAAGGUGUUUAAAGAAAAAGUUGUUACUUUGGACUCAGAUGACAAGACCAGUUGUACAGGAUUUAAAAAGAGAAAAGUUAUUGGUGGAAAUAAAAAGAACGUAAGACAACGACUUGAUGAAGAUGAUUAA